AUGCCGGCGGAGUUCGUUAACAUGCUUGCGAUGGUUUACAGUAACAACAGGCACGCGAUCAAACUACAGUCGCAGUUCUUCGACAGCAUCACCGUCAGAAGCGGAAUUCGACAGGGGUACCCGUUUUCACCGCUACUUUUCGCCAUCUGUGCUGACGCUCCAUUGCGCGAGUUGGCGCAGAACUCAUUGGGGCAUGAAGCGGCGACGGCAUUUGCCGACGACACAGCGGCAGCAGUUCGUGAUUAUGUCACCUCGUUGCCCGUCGUGGCCAAGUUAUACGCAGAAUUUGAGGCGAUGUCCUGCCUUGCGCUGAACAUCAAGAAAACGGUGUUCAUCCCGCUGCAGAAGUUCGUCUCGGAGUCCAGUGUCAGAACACUCAUCCGGGAAGCGGUUCCCGCUUGGCGCGCCAUCGUUGCGAGUUCUGCGGGCAAUUACUUGGGAUUCUGGAUUGGACCCGGUGGCUUCCUGCUCCCUGUCGACGUGCUGGCUGGCCGGGUUUCGCGGGCAUUCCACGUCGUGCACUCGUGGUGCCCGCCGAGGGCUGCGUCCGAAAAUUCGCAUGCGAUUUACAACGGAUGGGCGACCGGCCGCAGGAUGCGACAUGUUGCGACUACGUCGGCAGGGGUGGUCUCGACCUCGCAUUGCCUGCUGGAUUGCCAGGGUGGGUGCGACAGCGUGGAACAUUAUUCCGUUUGUCCUGUGGUCUGGGGUUUACUGAAAGCAAACAAGCUUGCUGGCCUUGGAGUGGACCGGCAACCUGCAAUUCUUAUGUUCUUUCUUCUGGACGAGAGCUGCCCCGACGAGGGCGUCGCCAGACUGGCAAUGGCAAUUUACGGAAUGUAUCGCGCCAUGAGUCACAUUCGCUUCCAAGGGGCGCUGGCUGCAAGUUCAACGCGGAAGCUUUCGAAGCGCUGGAUCCAGCGAGGAGCUGGGAAUUCUAAG